AUGGUUGUCCCCACAAAACGACUGAGAACGCCCGAGGACCUGGCCAAGUUCCAACACAGCGCCGUGUACAGCGACAUGGUGCAGUUUGUCGUGGACCUCGCCAAGUCUGUGCACGGCCUGGAACUCGGAUACACAGACAACUCUCUGGGAGACAACAUCGGCAAGGUUCUACAGCUUCUGGAGAAAAUCAACAGCAUUGUCGACAACCACCCCGUCGUGAAGGACACGAGCAGCCGGUUUGGCAAGCCCGAGUUCCGCGAUUUCUACGACGAGCUGGCCACCAAGGCCAGCGGCCUCGUUCAAGGCUGUGCUGGCGAGGAGCACGCCGAGGAGCUCGGAAGCUAUCUGUUGAACUCGUUUGGCGAUCGCACGCGGAUCGAUUACGGGUCUGGCCACGAGCUGAAUUUCGCGGUCGCACGGCGUAUGGGGGCUGGACGAUUACCAUUUUCUGCCGUUCCUGUUUGGCGCCGCGCAGCUGGCGCCGUUCUCGCGUCCACGGCCGCUCACGAUCCACCAGAAAGACUACGUCGACGAGUUCAAGGACAAAUACCUAUACUUUGGGUGCAUUGCAUUUAUAAACCAGGUGAAAACCGGCGCAGAGUCGCUCAGAUGGCAUUCGCCAAUGCUGGACGACAUCAGCGGUGUGAAGUCGUGGGCGAAGAUCGAGGAGGGCAUGAUAAAGAUGUACAAGGCCGAGGUGCUAGGCAAGCUGCCCGUGGUGCAGCAUUUCCUGUUUGGCAGCAUUCUGAAGUGUCCCGACGGCGUUUCAGAACACGCAGACGACGACGACGACGAGCACGCCGGCCACGACCACUCGACGUGGGGCGAUUGCUGCGGAAUUAA